GACCCUCAGACCGUCCUUUGUACAAUGUCGUUGACCGGAGUUAACAAUAAUAGUUAUAAUAAUAGUCCUUUUUCCCCUGUAACCCAACAAAGCACCUUUCGUCCAUACAUUUCCUCUGUGAAUUCUGUUAUUGAACAAGAUUAUGAAGGGAGGUCGUCUUAUUCAAACGACGAAUCUACACUCGAAGACAAUAUUGGUGGGGUGGGUUAUGAAAGGGGCACCGAUAAAUCGGAUUCGGAAGUAGCCGAGGAUGAUCAAAAUAAUUCUUCGAUACAAAACCAUCCGUUUGAGAAUGGAAAUAACUUUAACAACAUUCAUCGGAAUAGUGGUGGUAUAACCAAUG